AUGGCAGGGAAGACGAGCCUGAUGAAGCUUCAUCGCUGCCACCUUUUGCGGGGCCUGCGCGUCCACCGAAGGGUGCUCGGGGACCCGGGACCGCUGGGCCUCCGCCCGGCGCAGCCCUCCCCGGCCCAGGGCUGUGUCCUGCGCCCUGUGGCCUCGCUUCUCCGCACGGAGGCAAGACUCUCAGUGCUGCUGUUGUUGCCAUUGGGAGCUGCAGCCCUGAAUGCUGGAGAAAUCAACGAGUGUGAACCACCUUGGACAGUGUCCUGUGGAAUAUAUAUAGACUGCCAGGACAUAGAGGAGAGCUACUGCCAGUGCAUCAGAGGACACGAGAUUGAUUCUCAGGAAAUGUUCACCAAUGAGACUAAUGAAACGUGUGAUGGCUCUACCCCAACCUCCUGUGCCCAGGAGUGCCCUCGGAGAUCCGUAUGUGCUGAUGCCAAUGCAUGUCGCUGCCUUCCAGGAUUCAGUUCUUCCUCUGGGGAGGUCUUCAUCAGCCCCUCGGACAGCUGUGAAGACGUCAAUGAGUGUAAAACCCCGUCAACAGUGUCCUGUGGAAAAUUCGCAGAUUGCCACAACACAGAGGGCAGCUACUACUGCACAUGCAGCCCAGGAUACCAGCUUGUUUCUGGGGCAACGUUAUUCUGGAAUGAGAAAGAGAACACGUGUCACGAAGUCGACCCAGGCUCCAAGGAGGCCCAGAACACUGGGGGACAGAAGACGGGCCGCUACUCAGCAGGGUCCAGAGGAACCUUCCCCGCCUGGGCUCCACCCCGUAGAAUCAAGAGCCAGCGUCUCUCCCGCUUCUUUGAAGGAGUCCAGAAACUGCGCGUAGGCUUCCAGUCAGCCUCGACCCAGGACACCGUCCAGGGUCUCAUGCAUGAAGUGGAUGAUCUGCUGGAGACCCCAGGGGACCUGGAGACCCUGCCCAGCUCAGAGCAGCACUGUGUGGCCGCUAACAUGCUCUUUGGCCUGGAGGAUGUCCUGAGAGGGCUGAGCCAGGCCCUGUCCAAUGGGUCAUUGACCUUCCAUUCACCUGCAGGCACAGAGCUGACCCUGGAGGUGCUGGAGCAGGGAGACAGAAGUAUCUCCUUGAGCCAGAAUCGGGCAAAGAUGCUGCUGAAGUGGGAGACGGUGCAGGGAUCUGCUGACUCAGGCCCUUCUGUGGUGGGCUUUGUCUCCAUCCCGGGCAUGGGAAAGCUGCUGGCUGAGGCGCCCCUGGUCCUGGACCCUGAGAGGCAGGAAGUUGUACGGGAGACACACAAGGACUUGCUGCAGGAAGUCACCCAUGUCCUGCUCUCAGAUGUCGUCACCACCUUCUUCAGCAACAAUGACACUCAGAACCUCAGCUUCUCAGUCACCUUCAUCUUUAACCAUUCAGUGACCCCUCAGCCAAGGAAGAAGGUGCUCUGCGUCUUCUGGGAGCACAGCAGGAGUGAAAGUGGUCAUUGGGCCACCACAGGCUGCACGAUGGUGGGCACCAGAGACACCAGCACCACCUGCCAGUGCACCCACCUCAGCAGCUUUGCCGUCCUCAUGGCCCACUACAACGUGCAGAGGGAGGAUCCUGUACUGGAUGUGAUCACCUACGUGGGGCUCAGCCUAUCUCUGCUGUGCCUCCUCCUGGCAGCCCUCACCUUCCUGCUGUGCAGAGCCAUCCAGAACACCAGCACCUCCCUCCACUUGCAGCUCUCGCUCUGCCUCUUCCUGGCCCACCUCCUCUUCCUCACGGCCAUCGACCGAACGGAGAUCAAGGUGCUGUGCACACUCAUCGCGGGCGCCUUACACUAUCUCUACCUGGCCUCCUUCACCUGGAUGCUGCUGGAGGGCCUGCACCUCUUCCUCACUGCACGAAACCUGACGGUGGUCAACUACUCCAGUGUGAGCAGGUUCAUGAAGUGGCUCAUGUUCCCUGUGGGCUACGGCGUCCCGGCCGUGAUCGUGGCCAUUUCUGCAGCAUCCAGGCCUCAUCUCUAUGGAACAUCAACCCGAUGCUGGCUCAACACAGACAAAGGGUUUAUAUGGGCCUUCCUUGGCCCCGUCUGCACCAUCUUCUCUAUCAACUUGGCUUUCUUUCUGAUGACCUUCUGGAUUGUGAAAAACAAGCUCUCCUCACUCAGCAGCGACGUGUCCACCCUGAAGAACACAAGAAUGCUGACUUUUAAAGCUACAGCUCAGCUCUUCAUCUUGGGAUGCACGUGGUGUCUGGGAAUCCUGCAGGUGGGGCCGGCUGCCCAUGUCAUGGCCUACCUCUUCACCAUCAUCAACAGCCUGCAGGGUGUCUUCAUCUUCCUGGUGUACUGCCUCCUCAGCCAGCAGGUCCAGCAGCAAUACAGGAGAUGGUUCAAAGGGGUCACAAAAACCAAAGCCGAGUCUGAGAAGUACACGCUCUCCAGCAGGGCCAUGCCUGAUGCCUCCAAACACAGUGUGUAAAAGGCCACUAAAAGCAUUGGGUGAAAGGCUGCUGGAGGACAGGCUGGCCCCACAGUGACCAAGAGUCCCCUCAGAUUACUGGUUCAUCACAAGGGCCAAGGUGCACGUCUACAGCAUGGAGAUCUGCCAGUCACCAUCUGAACUUAAUGAUCAGGCUCAACAUCAUCAAUACGGGAAACCUGACAUCAGAUAUCUCCUGAGAAGACAUGAAGUUACAGCAUCCCAUUUGUGGUGAAUGAAGAAUUUUGACAAAUCAGUCUAACCUAAACCUAAUCCAGCUUUAGACCAAGGGUAGACAAACUGUAGCAUGCAGGACAAGCACAGGCAGCUAGCUGCUCCUGUGAAUAAAGAUUUAUUGGAGCACAGCCACACCCAUUCAUGGAUGUAUUAUCUAUGGCUGCUCUCACGCUACAGUGUCAGAGUUGAGUAGCUGUGACAGAGACUGUAAGAGCGACAAGCUGAAAAUAUCUACCACCUGGCCCUUUAUAGGCAACCUUGCCAGCACCUGUUCUUCCAGAUCUAACCUUCAGAAUACACGGAAUACAGGGGACAGAAGAACAGGUUAAAUGACAUCAAGAGGAAACAGUCAGGCAAAUUGAGAACGUGAGGCAUUCAACAAGCCAUUGGCCUGGACUCUUCUAAAGUCAAUACCGUUUUAAAAAUGACUAGAGGCUGCUUGAGAUUAAGAGACAGAAGCGACAAUACAAACAAAUUCAACGUCAAUUUUAGUGGGACUCUGGUUCAGAUAUACAGCUAUAAAAGGUGUUUUGCAGGCAAUUGGGAUAAUUUGAUUAUGCGUCAGAUAUUAAAAGUUAUAAAAUUGUUCAUUUUCUUGGGUGUAAUAAUCUUACUAUGAUUAUCUGGAGAAUAUUCUUUGAAAUCUUCAACAUUUGUUGAAGAAAUAUUGAAGAAUGAAGCAUCGUGAUGUCUGCCAGUGACCAUCAAAUGUUUUAGCAAGAAUAUGUAUGUGUGUAUAUAGAUUGAGAAAGACUUUUUAAUG